AGCCCCUUUCGGUAGCCAAAGAUUCUGGAUAACCCAGGACGGCGUCAUCAUUUCCUGUGCUUAUAAAUCUGUUAAGACCUCUGGAUCCAUCAAGAUGUCCAUCUCCAGCAUCAAAUGAUUCUCUUGCGAUCAGAAACCUGAAGUUCUCUUAUUUGGUUGUUAAAUGUUUAAUAAAGCUCCUAAAGGUGCUUCAGUCUCAGUUCUUAGUCAGAUUCUACACGACACUAUGUUCUUUUGGUCAGGUGUCUCAAUAUUUUAGGCUUAUUAUGAAACUGGUGUCUGAGCAGGUCAAGGAGCCCGAACCAGAAGCUGUUCCUAAGGCUGUGGGUUCUGUACCCACUGAAGAGAGUGUAGCUGAUGAUAUCUUCCCUAUCAGCACCUCACCUCAGGAGAUAGAUAAGUAUGACCUUAUCGAUCCAGUUGAUAUAUUAAAGACAUUGGAGAAGUCUGGAUUUUGGGAAGCAGUGAACGCUUCAAAAUCGUGUGAGAGGAAAGUUGCUGAACUAACCGAACAUGCAUCCACCAAAAAAUUGCUCCAUGAGAUUUUUUCAGAAGUUUGUCGAACAUACUGGAGAUCUAUUUGGAGCUCUAAAAGGGUGUCUACAUGGAAAUAGUAUUUAAGUACUCCUAGUAGAUUAAUCCUCAUAUCAUGCCUUUUUAUUUUUGAUUUUUGUGAUAUUCUCUUUGCUUUAUCAGGUGAAUAUAAAUAUAUACUCCUUUAUUUAUUGGUCUUUUCUAAAAAUGCUAGAUAGUACUAUUAUAUACAUGUUGUCUUUGGUUCUUUGAUGUUAUUAGAGUAUUGCGCUUACUGAGAUUAUUUUGUAUGAAUUGCUUUGACAAAUGAGGGAGGCUGCUUAUUCAAAAUUUUAUCUUGCUACUGAGUUUUUUGUUUCAGCUAUUGUGUCUUUUAAAAAGCAGGUUGAAUAACAAACAAAUUUUGAUCCAUCUGUUGAGAUUUUGAUCCGUUUACUUUGUGUUAUUCCUGGCUGGAAUGAGAAAAAUGUUCAGGUCCAGCAACAAGUUAUUGAUAUUGUCACUCACAUUGCUGCGACGGCAUCAAAGUUUCCUAAAGAUGUGUGUUGUGCUUUGCCUUUCAGGUAUCACUCAUAGAGUAGCUGACAUAAAGACUCGUGUUCAGGCCAUGAAGUGUCUUUCCACUUAUUGUGAAGAUGUGGGUCUUGG